AUGGACGACGUCAGCGUAAAGAAAGGACGGGGAGGAAAAAGAGAAGUUGUAAAUGUGGAGAUCCAGCACUCCUCCUCUCCUUUGCCCUCUUCUUUGCCGAGUUCCUGGCGAGGCUUUGGGAGGAAGGUGAGAUUGCUGCUGCCGUACGUCUGGCCUAAAGGCACUACAGCGCUGCAGGGACUGGUGCUGCUGUGUGUGGGCCUGUUGGCAGCAGAGCGGCUGGUCAAUGUGCUGGUGCCUGUUUACUCCAAGAACAUUGUAAAUGAGCUUUCCGCAGGAGGUGGCUGGACUUCGCUGAUUGCCACUGUCUGCAUCUACACACUGCUGAAGUUCCUACAAGGAGGAGGGGCAGGUACCUCUGGGUUCAUCAGCAACCUUCGUCAGUUUCUGUGGAUCAGAGUUCAACAGUUCACCAGCAGAGGCGUUCAGUUACGUUUGUUUUCCCACCUGCAUGGUUUGUCCCUGCGCUGGCACCUGGAGAGACGCACCGGGGACGUGCUGAGGAGCGUCGACCGAGGCACCUCCUCCAUCAACAACCUGCUGAGCUACAUCCUGUUCAGUAUCAUCCCCACCAUCUGUGAUAUCAUCAUUGCCAUCAUCUACUUCAUCUCGUACUUCAGUGUUUGGUUUGGACUCAUUGUUUUCACCUGCAUGGUGCUCUACCUCACCUGCACCAUCCUGAUCACAGAGUGGAGGACGAAAUACAGGAGAGAGAUGAACAAUCAAGACAACAGUGCCAAGGCCAGAGCUGUGGACUCGCUGCUCAACUUUGAGACGGUAAAAUAUUACAACGCAGAGGAUUAUGAGGUCCGCUGCUUUGAGGAAGCCAUUCUGAAAUAUCAACAGUGUGAGUGGAAGAGCUCAGCAUCGCUGGCUCUGCUGAAUCAAACCCAGAACGUGAUCAUAGGAUCAGGACUGCUGGCUGGAUCUCUGCUCUGCGCCUACCUGGUCUCUGUGGGUCAGUUUCAGGUUGGAGAUUAUGUUCUGUUUGGUACCUACAUCAUCCAGCUGUACACCCCUCUGAACUGGUUUGGUACCUACUACAGGCUGAUUCAGAGUGCAUUUGUUGACAUGGAGAACAUGCUGGCACUGUUGACAGAGCAGAAAGAGGUUCAGGAUGCUGAGGAUGCUCAGGACUUGCAGCUCACAGCAGGUCAGGUGGAGUUUGACAGAGUCUGUUUCAGCUACGUGCCUGGAACUGAGGUUCUCAGAGAUGUGACCUUCACAGUGGAGGCAGGACAGACAGUCGCCCUGGUUGGUCCAUCUGGAUCUGGGAAAAGCUCCAUCCUGCGUCUCUUGUUCAGAUUCUAUGACCCUCAGAGCGGCUGCAUCCGCAUAGACGGGCAGGACAUCUCCAAGGUACGUCAGUCUUCUCUAAGGUCGUACAUCGGCGUGGUUCCCCAGGACACGGUUCUUUUCAACGACACCAUCGGCAACAACAUCCGCUACAGCCGAGUUACAGCCACCAGCCAGGAGGUGGAGAAAGCUGCCAUGGCUGCUGACGUACACAGCAGGAUACUGGAGCUACCUCAGGGUUAUGACACAGAGGUCGGGGAGCGAGGGCUGAAGCUCAGUGGUGGGGAGAAGCAGAGAGUGGCGAUUGCUCGGACCAUCCUGAAAGAACCUCAGAUCAUUCUGCUGGAUGAGGCCACGUCUUCACUGGACACCCAGACUGAGAGGAACAUCCAGGCUUCACUGGCCAAGGUCUGCACCAGCAGGACGACUAUAGUGGUCGCACACAGGUUGUCCACCAUCAUCGGAGCAGACCAGAUCCUGGUGGUUCACAAUGGACAGAUCGCAGAGAGAGGAAGGCACGAGGAGCUGCUGGUCCGGGGAGGUCUGUAUGCAGCCAUGUGGAUGAAGCAGCAGAAAACUCUCAACAUACCAACAGAAACAGAGAUCAACAAUCAAACCCAAGAAACUUGA